AUGUCCAAUCCCCUCAGCCUAACUCCCAACUUCUUCUUCAUAAUCUUCACCUUAACCAUCCUCUAUGUUAGCUACACCUUCCCAAGACUCCAACCCAAGCAAACCAACCUGGUCUUCUAUGUGCAUGACUACUUUACUGGUCAUGACACCUCAGCAAUCACUGUUGCCGGAAAAAGUGGGCCCACCUCCAACAUCCUACAGUUUGGCACCCUCGUAGCCGUCGAUGAUCUGGUGACCGACGGCCCCAGCAUUGAGUCAAAGCAGAUAGGUAGGGCUCAAGGGUUGUACAUAAACUCUCAGUUGGAUGGCAAAGGCUUGCACUUGGUUUUCUCUGUGAUCUUCACUGAUGGAGAAUUCAAAGGAAGUACUUUGGAAAUUCAAGGAGCAGAUAUCUUUAGCAUGAAGGAGAGAGAGUUCGGAAUUGUAUCGGGAACGGGUUAUUUUCGGUUUGUGAAGGGGUAUGGUAUCAUGGAGACUGAGUUCAUGGACAUUGCUAAUCUUAGAGCUAUUCUUAAGCUCAAUGUAACACUUAAGCACUACUAA